CAUGGGGACCAAACUGUUACUGCCUUGUUUUCUGGCUCUGCUGUCAUGUGCACUCUGCCAUGCUGGGUUUGCAGGGAAAGAGUUUGCCACAGUCUUCAUGCAGAACUACCUGCCAGACUACAAGGAUGCCUCUUUCCAGAUCCAAAUCUCUGCCCUUCACGCCAACACUAAGGUCAAGGUGAGCGUGCCCCAGAUGGGCUUCGUCCAGGAGCGGACGCUCGGGGCUGGGGAAGGCACAACCAUCCAGAUGCCUUCCGAUGUGGAGAUUUAUGGCUCCCAGAAGUCAUCUAAAACGGUCCUGAUAGAGGCCACCCAGGAAGUGAUGGUGCUCUCCCUAAACUCCAAGCUGUACACCGCUGACACCUCGCUGGUCUACCCUGUGACAAAGUGGGGGACGGAAUAUUAUGUCUUCACUCCCUCUACCUCCCCCCUUGGGACUUUCGAAGAAUUCUCUGUCACCAACCACAAGCAGCGCAACACGGUCCAAAUCUUCCCCCGGGUGCCGGUGAGGUUCCAGGGAGAGACAUUUAUCCCCGGCAGUACGAUCAAUGUGGAGCUUGAGCCUUUUGAGAGUCUGCAGAUCCAGAGCUACAAUGACCUAACGGGCACCCGGGUACUCUCCACUCUCCCGGUGGCAGUCUCCAGUGGCCACACCUGCACCUGGAGGUUCUCCAAGUGCAACCAUGUGUAUGAACAGCUGCUGCCUGUCCAGAACUGGGGCAAGAAUUUCCUGUUGGCACCCAUGCGCUUCCAGACCCGCUAUGACAGUGUCUAUGUACAGGCCUCUCAGACAACUCAGGUGGUGAUCAAAUCGGGCGGCCAGGACAAGGUGAUGCUCCUGAACAAGGGUCAGAUUGAAGAGUUCCGCAUUGAGAUGAACAACGGUGCCCUCAUCACUGCCAACCAAGGCAUCCAGGUCCUCUACCUGUUCAACGGGGUCCGUGUGAGUGGUUUACUGAUGUAUGACCCAUUCCUCAUGACGGUGUUGUCCACAGACUACUUCUGCUCCUCGUACACCCUGAAUGGGCAGGCCGGAUUUGACAACAAGGCCCUCUUCCUGAUCCGUAAUAGCGACCUGCCCGGGCUCAGGUUUGACAAUGCCCCCCUGCCCAGCAAUGUGCAGUUCACACCAAUAGGCGGGUCCGAGUUCUCCUGGGCCGAGGUACCCUUCAAGGCGGGGUUUGGCCAACACAGUGCUUCCCAACCUACCGCAUCCUUUGGGGUCUACAGCAUUGGUGUGAGCCAAAUGAAUGGCUAUGGAGCCCCAGCACUCUGCGGCCAAUCAGGUGGAGGUCCUUCCCCACCUUCCUGCAGUUCCAUAACAUGCAGCACAGACCAGGAAUGCCAGAUGAAAGAUGGAUACCCAACCUGUGUCAAAAAACGCCCGUCAGGCACAUGCUGGGCAAUGGGCGACCCGCACUACCGCACGUUUGAUGGGCGCUACUUCAACUUUAUGGGCACCUGCACCUACAUCAUCGCGAAGAACUGCCAGGCCAAUGACGGCCUGCCACCGUUCGAAGUGGAGACUCAUAAUGAGAACCGUGGGAACAUCAGGGUCUCCUAUGUGGGCCUGGUCACAGUUAAGGUGUAUGGAGUCACCAUCAAUGUGGCCCGCUCCGAGAAUGGACUUGUUAGGAUUGACUACAGCCUCUACAGACUCCCAGUGGUCCUAAAACAGGAUAAGUUGAAGCUGUUCCAGAGGGGGCAAUCUGUGGUGAUUGAGACGGAGUUUGGCCUGACGGUGCAGUACGACUGGGAGUCUUACAUUGUGGUCACCCUCUCAGGUGCCUUUGCCGGCAAAGUGUGCGGCAUGUGUGGCAACUUCAAUGGCAACCCCAAUGACGAUUUUGCCACGCCCAGCGGCUCACAGGCACCCAAUGCGGUCGACUUUGGCCGCAGCUGGAAGGUCCCAGGUCUGGCCGGGGAUGUGCUCUGCCGAGACGAGUGCUCGGGACAAUGCGAGAAGUGCGAGCACAACCUGCUGAAGCGCUGGGAGGGCGAGGUCUUCUGUGGCCUCCUCACCAGCAUCAUGGACGGGCCCUUCCGCUUGUGCCACGCCGCCAUCGACCCGCACAUCUACCUGGAAAACUGCGUGUAUGACGUGUGCAUGGGCGACGGGCUGAGGCACUUCCUGUGCCAGGCUUUGGAGGGCUAUGUCAGUGCCUGCCAGGCAGCCGGCAUCAAAGUGUUCGACUGGAGGAACAUUGCUCGCUGCCCGGCCAAGUGUCCGGCACACAGCCACUACGAGCUGUGUGGGACUGCCUGCCCUGCCACCUGCGCUGACCCCAGCGCCCCAUCCAAAUGUAAAGCCCUCUGUGUGGAGAGCUGCACCUGUGACGAUGGCUUCCUCCUGAGCGGUGGCAAAUGCGUGCCCAAGCAGAGCUGCGGCUGCCCCUACGAAGGCCGGCAUAUUGCACCCGGAGAGUCCGUCUGGGCAGACGACGGCUGCCACAAACGGUGCUACUGCAACCCCACCAGCAAUCAGGUGGAGUGCAAGGACACCGGGUGCAAGGCCGGGGAACAGUGCCAGGUGGUAAACGGCAUCAGGGACUGCCACCCGGUGUCCUACAGCACCUGCUCGGCCAUCGGCGACCCCCACUACGACACCUUUGACGGGCAACGCUACAACUUCCAGGGCACAUGCGUGUACCAGCUGGUGGGCGUUUGCUCCAAUGACCCCAGCCUUGUGCACUUCGAGGUGCUGGUGCAGAAUGACUUCCGAGGCAGUAGGGUAGUGUCCUUCACCAAGCUGGUAGAGAUUAAAGUGUACGGCCUGAGAAUCGACAUCAGUAAGGAGAACAGUGGGAAGGUCAUGGUGAAUGGAGAGCUCAUGCACUUGCCUGUGUACCUGGCUGAUGGCAAUGUGUACAUCUACAAGAGUGGCUGGUAUGCAGUGGUCAAGACUAACUUCGGGCUGAAGGUGUCAUUUGACUGGAACAGCGCGGUCUCUGUCACCCUCCCCAGCACCUACAAGGGUGCCGUGUGCGGCCUGUGUGGUAACUACAACGGCAAACAGCAGGACGACCUGACAGAGAAGGACGGCAAGGUCUCAGCCAACCCCACCGAAUUCGGCAAGAGCUGGCAGGUGGCGGAGAUCCCAGGCUGCGUCCACGGCUGCAAGGGGGCCUGCCCUGACUGUGACAUCACGCAGAAGCGCGAGUAUGAAACCAACGAUUUCUGCGGGCUCCUGCGCGACCCCAAGGGGCCCUUCCGUGACUGUCACGCCAACGUGGACCCCAGCGGCGCCUUCCAGGACUGUGUCUACGACGUCUGCCUCUACAAGGGUCAGAAGGAUGUGCUUUGCAAGGCCAUCACCGACUACACCACAGCCUGCCAGGACAGCGGGGCCAAGGUCUACCCCUGGCGCUCUGAAAAGUUCUGUCCUACCAAAUGCCCAUUAAACAGCCACUACGAGGUGUGCGGUGCCGGCUGCCCAACCACCUGCCAGAGCCUGUCUCCACCCCUGGGCUGUGAUUCGCAGUGCCAGGAGGGCUGCACCUGCGACGAGGGCUUCAUCCUGAGCGGCGACCGCUGUGUGCCCUUCUCCCAGUGCGGCUGCGUCUACAAUGACCGCUACUACAGGAUCAGCGAGACCUUCUACCCCAACGGGAAGUGCGAGGAGGAGUGCACCUGCUCGCAGGAUGGGGAGGUGAAAUGCAAGAAGUUCUCCUGCGGGCCGAAUGAGAAGUGUGAAGUAGCGGACGGAGUGCGCAAGUGCCAGCCCGUUGGGUCGGGCGUGUGUGUGGCGUCCGGGGACCCCCACUACACCUCCUUCGACGGCAACCACUUUGACUUCCAGGGCACCUGCACCUACACCCUGGCCAAGGGGUGUGGCCUGGAGGGAACGCACCUGGUCCCAUUCUCGGUGCAGGUGGAGAACGAGAGGUGGAGGCCUGCCUGGUGGAAUAAGGUCGCCGUCACAGAGCUAGUGGCUGUGGAGGUCUAUGGCUACACACUGAUCAUGCGGGAGAACAUGCGUGGCGUUUUGGUCAAUGGUGUGUUCAACAAUGUACCACUGAAUCUGAACGAUGGAGCGGUGGAGAUCUACCUGGACGGCAGGCAGUACACCGUGAAGACUAACUUUGGCCUCAUAGUGACCUAUGACCUUGUGUACCAUGUCACUGUCACGGUUCCUGGCAACUACCGUGGGAAAACCUGCGGCCUGUGUGGAAACUUCAAUGGAAAUAAGAAUGACGAGUUCCGCCUACCUGACGGAAGGCUUGUCGGGGACGUCAAUGUCUUUGGGGCAGCGUGGAAGGUGGCCAUCCCUGGCGUAGUGUGUGAUGAUGGUUGCUCUGGCAACAACUGCCCCAAGUGCGACCCCAAGCAGAAGGAAGUCUUCCAGAAGCCUAGCUACUGCGGCAUCCUCACGGAUCCCAAAGGACCCUUUGCCGUGUGUCACGCCAAGCUGGACCCGGUCCCCUACUUCAACGACUGCAUCUUCGACAUCUGCACGUCCAAUGGUGACCGCAAGGUGCUGUGUGACAGCGCCGCCUCCUAUGCGCUCAACUGCCACAUCGCCGGAACCGACAUCAAGAACUGGAGGACUCCAUCCUUCUGUCCAAUGUCCUGCCCGUCCAACAGCCAUUACGAGAUCUGUGCGGAAACCUGUGCCAACUCCUGCCCGGGCCUCUCAGACAUCGUCCAGUGCCCCAGCACCUGUGCAGAAGGCUGUGACUGCGACACAGGCUUCCUCUUCAAUGGGGAGAGCUGCAUCCUGGCCGAGCAGUGUGGCUGCUAUGACAACGGACGCAGCUACAAGCCAGGGGAAGUGGUGUACGAUGACGACUGCAAGCAGGUGUGCACGUGCGACGCCGUUAAAGGCCUGAGCUGCCAGGCCCACACUUGUCCCAGCGGAACCAAGUGUCUCGUCAGGAAGGGGGUCAGGGCGUGCUUCAGUACAGAUCCUUGCAAGGACGCCAAGUGCCGUGUGAAAGAGACGUGCCGGGUAGAGAAGGGCGAAGCUGUGUGCGUACCCCAAUACACCGGCACCUGCUGGGCCUGGGGUGACCCCCACUACCACACCUUCGACGGGUUCAACUAUAACUUCCAGGGCACCUGCAAGUACACUAUCUCCAAGACCUGUGGUGACGUGGCGGGCCUGGUGCCCUUCUCCAUAGAGGAGAGGAAUGACAACCGUGGCAGCACUGCCGUCUCCUUCGUCAGGGAGGUGGACGUGACUGUGUACGGCUACACUUUCACCAUGAUCAAGUAUCAAUGGGGGCGAAUCAUGGUGGAUAAUGAGUUACUGAACCUCCCCCUGGAAAUGGGACAGAAUCUGGUGACGGUGACCCAGUUGGGCUACACGACGGUGCUGCUGACGAACUUCGGCCUGCGUGUUUCCUAUGACGGAUUUUCCAUGGUGAUCAUCCAGCUUCCCAGCAGUUACUAUGGCAGCGUGUGUGGGCUGUGCGGCAACUUCAAUGGCGAUUUCAAGGACGAGCUCCGCAACCCCGCUGGACAACCCGUCCCCUCCAUCAUCGACUGGGGCAAGAGCUGGAGGGUGCCGGACCCCCAGGACCCCAACUGCUGGGACAACUGUCAGGUCGGCUGUCCCACCUGCGAUGGUAACCUCCUGAAGCUCUACGAGACGGAGGCCUACUGUGGGGCCCUCACCAACAAGGUGGACAGCGUCUUCCAGAAGUGCCACGACAAGGUGGAUCCAAAGACCUUCAUGGAGAACUGUGUCUAUGACGUGUGCCUCCACAAGGGUGACAAAAAGAUGCUGUGCCAGGCGCUCACUUCUUACAGCGAGAUGUGCCUGAAGGAGGGCAUCGUCCUGAAGGGCUGGAGGACCAAGUUUGGCUGCCCUAUGAGUUGCCAGCCCCACAGUCAUUACGAGGCCUGUGCCAGCCCCUGCCCCUUAACCUGCCCGAUCACAGAGCAGGACCGUCCGGUCUGCCAGGGGGUAUGCUCCGAGGGCUGUGUGUGCGACAAAGGCUACGCCCUGAGCGCUGGCAAGUGCGUGCCCGCCAAGGAGUGCGGCUGCUCCUACCAAGGCCGCUACUAUGAACCCGGUCAGAGCUUCUGGGGCGAUGAGGGCUGCCAACAGCUGUGCAUGUGUGACCAGGCCCUGGGCAUGGUGGUGUGUCGCCCGGCGGGCUGCAAGGCCACCGAACGCUGCACGGUGGAGGGCGGAGUUCGCGCCUGCCGCCCACUCAGCUACUCCACCUGCACGGCCGCCGGUGACCCCCAUUACCGCACCUUCGAUGGCCGACGCUUCAACUUCCAGGGCACCUGCAUCUACCAGCUGGUGGCGCUGUGCUCCAAAGACCCAAGCCUCACAGCCUUUGAGGUGACAGUGCAGAACGACCACCGCGGGAGCAAGGCGGUGUCCUACACCAAGGUGGUGACGGUGCAGGUGUACGGCAUUAUCAUCACGAUCAGCAAGGACUACCCUUUCAAGAUCAUGGUGGAUGGCCAGUUCACCUCCAUGCCAUUCCAGUAUGAAGAUAAGUUGGUGGUGUUCCGCAGCGGCUGGACAGCCGUGGUGGAGACGGCGUUCGGCAUGCGGGUGACCUUCGACUGGAACAGCGUGGUGACCGUCACCCUCCCCAACACCUACCAGGGUGCCGUCUGUGGCCUCUGUGGCAACUACAACCAGAACCCUAGCGACGAUGGAACGCUGCGCGAUGGGAAGGCAGCAGCGACCGAGUCCCAGCUUGGGGAGAGCUGGAAGGUAGGCGUGGUCCCUGGAUGCACCUCCGGCUGCACGGGGCCCGAGUGCAAGGCCUGCUCCGACUCCCAAAUCGACGCCUACCGGGCCCAACGCUACUGCGGAAUCAUCGCCGACAAGACUGGGCCCUUCCGAGAUUGCCACGCCCGAGUGGACCCCGCCCUUUACCUGGAGGACUGCGCGUUCGACGCCUGCCACUAUAAAGGCCGCAAUUCUGCUGUCUGUGAGGCUAUUGCUGCUUACGUGUCCGCCUGUCAGAGCGAGGGAGUGGUCAUCCAGUCCUGGAGGAGUGAUUCUUUCUGCCCGGUCUCCUGCCCCAAAAACAGCCACUAUGAGCUCUGCUCCUCGGGCUGCCCCGCCACCUGCGCCAGCACGUCCGCGGCUGCCCGCUGCCACCUGCCCUGUCGGGAGGGCUGCCUGUGCGACGAGGGGCACCUGCUGAGCGGGGAUGCCUGUGUUCCCGUGGCCGAGUGCGGCUGCUCCUACGGCGGGCGCUAUUACAAGAAGUGUGAGGUGUUCUACCCCCUCGGCCAGUGCCAGGAGCAGUGCAAGUGCGGCGAGAACGGGGCCAUCGAAUGCCAGAAGUUCAAGUGCGGCCCCGGGGAGGCCUGCAAGGUGGUGGGCGGAGUCAACGGGUGUCACCCAGUGAGUGAGAGAAAGUGCGUGGCCUCCGGUGACCCGCACUACAUCUCAUUUGACGGGCGGCGCUUCGACUUCCAGGGCACCUGCGUCUACACUCUGGCCAAGGUGUGUGACACGAACGGGAAGCGACUGGUCUUCUUUGCGGUGGAAGAGAGCAACGAGAAAUAUGGCAAUGGCAAGGUUGCUGUUACCAAGGCGGUGGCGGUGGUGGUCUACGGCUAUGUCAUCACCAUUGAGCAGGGCAUGCGAUGGAGAGUGAUCGUUGAUGAUGAGGAGCUGAACCUGCCACUGUCUCUGGAUGAGGGCCGGAUCACCGUAAACCAGGAGGGCAGCAACAUCAUCGUGCGCACAGACUUUGGUCUGCAAGUGCUGUACGACACCGUGUACUAUGUGGAGGUGGUGGUGCCCUCCACCUAUGAAGGAAAGAUGUGCGGCCUGUGCGGGAACUACAACGGCAACAGCAAUGACGACUUCCUGUUGCCGAGCGGCCAACAGGCAGGCAACGUGGACGAUUUUGGCAAAGCCUGGACCGCGGACCUCCCGGGGCUGGUUUGCGCGGGUUGCGGGGGGCAGUGUCCCGUCUGCAAAGCGGCCGAGGCAGCCAAACACAGCCAGCCCGACUCCUGUGGCAUCAUUGGCUUGGACAGCGGACCUUUCCGGGCCUGCCACAGCAAGGUGGACCCAAAGCCCUACCUCCAGCACUGCGUGUUCGAUGUGUGUGCCCUGGACGGGGACCGGGGAAUCCUGUGCAAAAGCGUCCAAGCGUAUGCCAUCGCCUGCCAGCAUGCCGGCGCCGAGAUCCGGCCCUGGAGAACCGCCUCCUUUUGCCCGGCCUCAUGCCCGGCGAACAGUCACUACGAGGUGUGUGCAGACACCUGUGGCACCAGCUGUGCCAGCCUGGCUGGCCCUGGCACCUGCUCCAACACCUGUUUUGAGGGCUGCCAGUGCGACCCUGGCUUUGUCUCUGAUGGCGACAAGUGUGUGUCCAUGGAUACCUGUGGGUGCAUCUACGAAGGCAGAUAUGUGAAGUCUGGCCAAUCGGUUGUGAGCAAGGACUGUGACUCAGUGUGUACGUGCCACCCCUCCGGGGCGGUGCUCUGCAAGAAGCUCCAGUGCGGCAGCGAGGAGACCUGUCGCGUUCAGGAUGGGGCGAGGGGCUGCCACCCCAAAGAGGGCAUCUGCUCUGUCAAACUCGGGGGCCAGUUUGCCUCCUUCGACGGCUUGGCGGGGACGACGAGCCAGCUCGGGGCCUUUGAGAUGGCGGCGCUCUGCGACCAGAACUCGGCGCAGUGGUUCCGCGUGGUGGUGGACGUCCGGCUAUGCGAGACGGGAGAUCGGUCUGCUGUGGCUGCCGUCUACGUCUUCUUCAAGGACACGGUCAUUGCUGUCAACAGCCAGCGGGAAGCCUGGGCUAACGGCAGGAAGGUGUCUCUGCCCAGCACGCCGGUAAAUGACCUGUCUGUCCACGUGACUGACAGAGCGGUGUUGGUGGAGCGGUGGUCAUCGAUGCGCGUGUCGUUCUCCUUCACCCAAGAGGUCAGGGUGACCGUCAGCGUCCACCUGGCCGGCAAAGUGUGCGGCGCCUGCGGCAACUACAACGGCAACGCCAAGGACGACAUGACCACUGCUGCUGGCAAGGUGACCGUCAGCGUGUCCGAGGUCAUCGGGUCCUGGCGUGCCGGCGAUUUCUCUGGCUGUGGCCUGUGAGACCAACAUGGAUAACCCGGCUUCCAGAACCACCCACAUCUGACAUCACCGACUAAGCCACCUCCCCUUUAUAAUGUUGGUUUCAUCAUUAAUUGCUUCUUGUAAAGCAGUAGGCUUGUCACUUUUUCACUCCAUUUUGGUUUCCCCACCUGAGGGCCUUGUUUCAGAACUCUUCUCAUUUAUCACUAUGUAAGGAGUGGGUAGGGCAGGGAUUGGAUGGAGUUUUAUUGUACAUCGUUUUUAACUAGGUUUUCUAAUUGUAUGGGGGUAGUGGACCUGAAUUUUUCAUUUUCUGUCUUCAGUUUAUAGAAGUAGUAAUUUCUUGUACUGUUUACUGGAACCAACAAAUAAAGAGAUACAUGCCAUUGAA